UCUCUCUUUCUCUCUCUCAUCCCAACAGUGUGUACGCGUGUGCGUGCAUAACACCUCCACCAUGAGCCGCUCCUACGCCUCCUCUUCUUCCGCCUCCUCUUACCGCCGUACGUUCGGCGGCCCGGGUUUCGCCUCGCCGCCCUUGGCCCGGGCCUCUUUCGGGACCAGUUCUCUUGGAGGUGGAGGUUCGGGCUCCCACGUCAGGACCCGCGCCUACGAAGUCAUCAAGACCUCAAGUGCCUCCCCGGGGUACUCCUCCUACCGCGCCUCAAGCUUUGGGAUCCCAGGCAUAACCUCCUCCGCCGCUUCCAGGUCUUACGCGGGCAUGGGAGAAACUCUAGACUUCAGCUUGGCCGACGCCCUCAACCAGGAGUUCCUGGCCACGCGCACCAACGAGAAAGUCGAGCUGCAGCACUUGAACGACCGUUUCGCCAACUACAUCGAGAAGGUUCGUUUCCUGGAGCAGCAGAACCAGGCCCUGGUGGUGGAAGUGGAGAGGCUGAGGGGGCGGGAGCCCACGCGUAUCGCCGACCUAUACGAAGAGGAAAUGCGCGAGCUGAGAAGACAGAUUGAGGUGCUGACCAAUCACAGAUCCCGGAUCGAGGUGGAGAGAGACAACCUGGCCGACGACCUGGAGAAGCUCAAACAGAGACUUCAGGAUGAGAUCUUGCUGAAGGAGGAGGCAGAAAACAACCUCGCUGCAUUCAGGGCUGACGUGGACGCGGCUACGUUGGCUCGUCUGGAUCUAGAGAGACGCAUCGAAACUCUACAGGAGGAGAUCGCCUUCCUGAAGAAGAUCCACGAAGAGGAGAUCCGUGAGUUGCAGGCUCAGAUGCAGGAGACCCAGGUCCAGAUCCAGAUGGACAUGUCUAAACCAGACCUGACGGCCGCCCUGCGGGACAUCCGCGCCCAGUACGAGUCCAUCGCCGCCAAGAACAUCUCCGAGGCCGAGGAGUGGUACAAAUCCAAGGUGUCGGACCUGAACCAGGCGGUGAGUAAGAACAACGAGGCGCUGAAACAGGCCAAGAUGGAGAGCAUGGAGUUCCGGCACCAGAUCCAGUCCUACACCUGCGAGAUUGACUCUCUCAAGGGCACUAACGAGUCUCUGAUGAGACAGAUGCGGGACAUGGAGGAGCGGCACGGGCGUGAGGCGGGCGGAUUCCAGGACACCAUCUCCCGCCUGGAGGCCGAGAUCGCCAACAUGAAGGACGAGAUGGCCCGCCACCUCCGCGAGUACCAGGACCUGCUCAACGUCAAGAUGGCUCUGGACGUGGAGAUCGCCACCUACAGGAAGCUUCUGGAAGGAGAGGAGAGCAGACUCUCAGUACCCCUCCAAGCUUACUCCACCAUCAGUUUUAGAGAGACCAGUCCUGAGCAGCAGCAGCAGCGUGCGUCUGAGAUGCACUCAAAGAAAACCGUCCUUAUCAAAACCAUCGAAACCCGGGAUGGAGAGGUGGUGAGUGAAUCAACACAGCACCAGCAGGACAUCAUGUAGGAUGCAGCCAAAGGAGCCGACAACCAGUAGUAACCAAAGCAAACGGAGAUGAAAUAAAAAAAAAAACCAAACAGGAUGUCAUCACAUGCAUAGUUUGUUCCUCUUAUU